AUGUCGAGCGCGUUACUACCAUCGAACUGGGCUCUCGCCAACUUCCUCCGGUCCGACAGCCACUACAACCGCUACCAGUUCUCCAAGUCCGUGGAAGUUGCAGCCACUCGCAACGAUUUGGGCACGCUAAAGUGGCUCUUUGCUCACUUUGCGGGCUGCCAAUUGCCCAAGGAGGUUGCUGCGGCCGCUGCAACGCAUGGCAACGUACCCAUGCUGCAGUUCCUAUGGGAAAACGAUGCUGGAAGGCUGGAUAGAGGCGAGAGCACCAGCAACAACAGGCAGGAGAUGGAAGCAAGCGUUGGGACGACGGAAGGACUGAUCUACAGUGGCAAUGUGGUCGACUGGCGAUUCGUCCUCACAACUGCGCAGAUGUCGCUCGAGCGAGACAGAGAGAACGCCAUUAUAAGGGCUCUUCAAUCUGGUGACGAGGAGCUGGCCAAGGUCCUGAUCCCAUCAGGCAGAUGCGUGUUGGACUACGCUGCUAGCAUGAUCCAGAAGUUGGCUGGAGCAGGGCGACUGGAUUUCAUGCAGCAAAUUGUGCUGCUUCAUUCCCCGCUGCCUGAGGGCGAAGAAUCCUUUUGCCAUGAAGCGUGGCAUAGUGCAAUGGUGGCGGCAAGCUGGACUGGGCGUAUGGCGACGCUCAAGUGGCUCGUGGAGCACCCGAUGGGUCAGCCCAUUUGCGACUACAUGAAGAGCCGACGGAAUCUUGUCAGCUUUGUCUGCAUCGCGGGGAAUCAGGAUCAACUCGAGCGGGAGGGCCUAAGCGCUGCGGUGCCCAAGCUGAGCUCCACCGACCUGGGAUUCUCCUGCUACAGCAUGGACACCCUCACGGCACUGGCGGGAAUCAGGAGCUCGGGCGACGUUGACACCAUCGAGACGUGCUCCGCCGCGCGCGGCCUUCGAUCACGAGAUGCGUGCCGCACUUCACACGGCAGGCGCGCCUACGCCCACCUUCUCCUUGGAGCGCAGAAGCCGUCUUGUGCCAGCGGCGACUUGGUCAGCGACGAGCUGAAGAACGCCACGCGCACCUUCCGCCGGCGCGCCGCGGCCUGCUGCUGUUGCACCUGGAUCUCCUAG